GAGCUGAACGCGCAUAAACGCUGAAGAUUUUCACGAGACGCGCAAACGCAAAUCUGAUCACGAAAGAUCGCAUCUGACGCAAGUCUGAUCACUUAAAAUCACAUAAGAUCGCAUCUGACGGACUGGGAAUAUUUGAUUAAGUCUCAUUUCUCUGGUGGAUUUAUUAAUUCGCUAAAAAAUAACAAACAGACUAAACCACACCGGAUUCACUUCAUCGAUUUUUGCGAGGAUUCAACAGGUUGCUGUAAUAUGGAGACUAUGUUAUGUGGAUACAGAAACACACUGAAGCGUCAGGUAGCGUUUGAAAUGUUUGAAGACCCCGGGUCGCUGUUCUCGGGAUUUUAUCCUCCGGUAGAGGACGAGCCGGCCGCUCAGGAAGUUCCUUCUGGUCUGGACUGUUUCUCACAGGAUGUGUGCUCCGUACCCCUGCUGACGCCCUGCAGUAAAGCCGUCAUGAGUCAAGCUCUGAAGGACAGUUUCAAAGGUUUCUCCAAAGUCCAACGUCUCUGUGGGAUCUCCGACAACCCGAGGAAAUGGAGCAAGCAGCACGUCUUGCAGUGGUUGAUCUGGGCGUCUGGUGAAUUCAGCUUAACCAACGUCAACUUCAUGAACUUUGACAUGAGCGGCGGUGAGCUGUGUGAUCUGGGGAAGGACGGCUUUCUGGCUCUGGCUCCAGAUUUUGUUGGUGACAUCCUGUGGGAGCACAUGGAGCAGAUGAUGAGAGCUUGUCAGGAGAACGAAGAGGCUCAAGUCUUUACUCGCCCAUCUCAGUCCAGCUGGACCAGCAGAAACUGUAACGCUCUGAGUCUGGAGGAACGUUCUCUGACGGUUCCUGAUAACUGCAGCAGUCUGCUCCGGGAACUCUUUGAGACGAACGAUGAAUCCGCCGUGCUGUCAUCAGAGCCCGAGAUCUCUUUGUAUCCCAAACCUCAGCUGAGCACCGUCAGCGUGAGCUACGUCAGUCGCGACUUCUCUGGUGCCAAAUGCGCUCCGCGUCUCGACGCUCCAGGCUUAUCACGUGACCAGACGUCUGCGGAGAGCCUGGAGACUCCCGAGAGCGUUCUUCGGUCCUGGGGGAGCCAUUCUUCACUCGCCGACGCCCAGCGCGUCCCGUCCUACGACAGCUUUGAGGAGGAGUUCGGCGUGACCCCGCUGAGCCUCGGCAAACAGGGACUGUCCUUUAAAGACUACGUUCAAGAGAGGAACGAGCCGCUGGAACAGGGCAAACCGGUGAUACCAGCUGCUGUGCUCGCUGGGUUCACAGGAAGCGGUCCCAUUCAACUCUGGCAGUUUCUCCUGGAGCUGUUGACAGACUCCACCUGUCAGAACAUCAUCAGCUGGACCGGUGACGGCUGGGAGUUUAAACUCACCGACCCAGAUGAGGUGGCGCGUCGCUGGGGAAAGAGGAAGAACAAACCCAAAAUGAACUACGAGAAGUUGAGUCGGGGACUUCGUUAUUACUACGAUAAAAACAUCAUUCACAAGACGUCAGGAAAACGUUACGUGUAUCGCUUCGUCUGCGACCUGCAGAAUCUGUUGGGUUACACUGUGGAGGAGCUGCACGGCAUGCUGGGAGUUCAGCCUGACACCGAUGACUGAGAUGUUUUUGGAUGAGAAGCUCCUCUGGUGUCGUGCUACAGGACCUCACCGAAGGUCUCAGUUUGUGGUGCAUUUCAUCACCGUCUGCUCUCGCUGACGCAUUAAAGCGCCUUCGACCGCCGCGGUUCUCUGCUGUUUGUGACGACGGCAGCGUUUGAAAUCAUCUACUUCUGCUUCAUAGCUUGAUGCUGUUCACUCAGUCAUGCUGUGGACUCUUAUUUCUGCUGGCAGAUUGUUAAAGAGCGAUGUGAUCAAUAUGAGUUAUGAAGUUAUCCUUAAACAGAGUGGAUUGAGUCUGGAUUGCCUUACAGAAGAUCUGCUUGUGUUUACAUGAAGCUGUUUUGUGCCUGGAGAUUGACAGAUGUUUGGGCGUGAGCUUUAGCCUGCAGGGAUGUUGUAACUCUUGUCUGAUUGAUUUGUUGAUUCAGUUUUUUGUUUGACGCACAUCUCCUUUCAUAAUGGAGAGCUUUAUUACAUAAGGGUUUUUCCUGCAGGAGAUGAAAAGACAUUCUCAGUUGUUUUGUUUAUGUAUAUUUUGUGACCACAAUGUGUUGGUUUAUUGUAAAUUAGUUGAUGUUAUGUAUAUUUAUUUGAUGACUUUAAUGAGUAUAGCAGGGGCCUAUACCAUGAAGCUG